UAGAUGCGAGUUAACUUAGAAAAAGAGAAGUUAUUCCCCAUAUUAUAGCAAAAACGAAUAUUCGUGAUGUAUGUGGGUACUCUGCUUUAUUAUCUAUUCCAUUUCUGCGCAGUCCUUGUAAUAUUUGGCAGGCGAUAUCCGGGCAUAGCUAACGGCCAAGCGGUUUUGUUUUCAAAUUAAAGGACCGCCUUAAGCGACCGCUGAUGAAUUUACUAAGUUCUGUUUCUUGAAAUGAUUGUUUGAUUUCUUUCCUUUUCCUUUCUUUAUUUUUCAAUACUAGCUUCCUAUGGGCAUGUCGUCUUACUGAUAUUACUCGAGCUACGUACAUGUAGGUUAGCGAGUGUCAGGUUAGGUUAAAUACCUUGUCAACCCUUAAGACCCAAUAGAACCGAACCGACUUGCUGUGAACAGUGUAAACUAUAACGGCUCGGUUCAGCUCGCAGUGGAGGCAGAACUCUAAAACAGACCGCUCGUACAGAGCUCAAUGAGGGGCAGCUGCCAUGGUGGUGGAGGUGGAGAGUUUCUUUGGGGUGUACAUGCUGUACUGUACCAACCCGAAAUUCAAGGGUCGCAUCUACAUCGGCUUCACUGUAAACCCUGAACGGAGGAUCGGCCAGCACAACGCAGGACGGCACAAGGGGGGAGCGAAGAGAACAAGCGGCAGAGGCCCCUGGGAGAUGGUCCUCAUCAUCCAUGGAUUUCCCUCAGAUAUUGCAGCUCUAAGGUUUGAGUGGGCAUGGCAGCAUCCACAUAUCUCUCGGCGGCUCUCACAUGUGGCCCGGCGCACUCGUAAAGAGUCCAGCCUGCAGUUCCACUGGCGUGUGGUCUCCAACAUGCUGCGAGUGGCACCGUGGAGCCGCCUCCCUCUGACAGUGCGCUGGCUGAGGCAGGAGUACCGACUAGACUUUGAACCUGGGCUGCAGCCACCUCUGCACAUCCCUUUGACAUUCGGCUGUGUCAGGGCCAAGAAGAAACAGCAGCAGCUGGAGGACAAGGAGCAAGAGGAGAGCUGGGUGGAACAGUGUCUACUGUGUAGAGAGAUGGUGAAGGCAGCAGACAGACUGUCUUGCUUCCAUCCCUCCUGUAUGAUGGUUUGCCAUCUGAUUUGCUUAGCGAAACAUUUCCUGAAAUCAGAGCCGACCCACCUCAUUCCUGUAGAGGGGGAUUGUCCUGGCUGCCGUCGCUCAGUGCUGUGGGGUAAUUUGAUUCGCCACAGAAAUGGUUGUUAUGGUGAUCUGGAAGAAAUUACUUCAUAUUCUUCUCAGAGUCACUGGGCAGAUGAGUUGCAAAUCUGAAGAUAAUGGACCAAUUAUGAUGCCAUGAGCUGCAGUGAAGGCACAAGGAUAUAGUCCUGUUUUUACAUUGAAACAUCAAGAGGAGAGGGAACGGACUUAGAUUAAUUUGAUGGAACUGUAUUUAUUAGUAUUUAAAAGGCAGAAACUGCAGUCUUUUUCUGAGGUGCUUGCCUUGUAAGUUCACUGUAUAUGGACCAUGUAAUAGUUGUUGAACCUCAGGCCAACUGGUGGUCUUUAGAUGCACCAAGUAGUACUCUGUUUGGCUGAAUACAGAGAUGAUGCAAGUUGAGCAAAACCUAGAAAUCAAAUGUUGAAUUGUCAUGUAGAAAUCUAUCAUUUCUAUUCUACAGUGAAUUAUUUGUAAUGUUUUUAAUACUAUCACUUCCAAAAACAAGAUCUCAAAUGGUGACUGUACAGGUGAAGGUAAAAACCUUCUUUACUUUUAAUGUAAGUAAAUAUAACAAUUUAUUUAAGCAAUUUUGGAGCAUUUCCAUUUGGCCCAUUCAUCAUUACAAUUUCACAUUUCUCUCAGAACAGGAUUUAGUAGUGAAGUUAAAUUGGCUCAAAUAUAUAGCAAUUCAACUCCACUUCUAAAUCCUGUUCUGUAUAUCUUUGUUAAGAAUAUUUCAUGAUGCACAUGUUAAUAUUUAUUAAGCAAUAAAGCAGUGGAUUUAUAUUUAA